AUGAGGGGUCUAGUCAACCCUUUGCUGGAUGCUGGGCAUCAGAUAACCCUAGUAACUUCAUUUCCAGAAUUGGAAAUAUCAAAAAAUGUCAGAGUAGUCGAUGUGAGUCAUGUAAAGAAAAUACAUAAAUACAUGGCAGCUUCAGAUCUAACAAAACAAACAAUGUCAAUUGUGCUAGAUUUCGGUAGAAAUAUUUCGCUAGCGACCAUAGAGACGCCUGCAUUAAGGAAUUUAUUGGUUAAAGAGAGUUUUGAUGCAGUUAUAUCUGAAUGGUUCUUUUCGGACAUCGAUAGCGGAUACGCGGCAAUACAACAAGCUCCAUGGAUUCUACUUAGUGGCAUGGUAAUGCAUCAUCACAUAGAGUUUCUAAUAGACCAAGUGAGAUCAGUACCCACAAUCCCAGCACUCAAGAUGGAUGUUGGAAUUCCAAUGAACUUCUUUGAAAGAUUGUCCAAUACUAUGUCGUAUUUGAAAACAAGUUAUUUAUUCUGGGCACGCUACCCACAGCAACAAUCAGACUACGAAUCUCAGUUUUACCCCCUAGCCCAGUCCCGAGGGGUAACCUUACCCCCACUUUUGUCAGCUAUGCACAAUAUAUCCAUAUUGUUUGUUAAUUCUCAUCCUUCUUUUGCUUCUGCACAAAGUCUACCACCAAAUGCAAUCGACAUUGCAGGAUACCACAUUGACCCCAAUAUACCACCUUUACCUAAGGAUCUCCAAGACCUUUUAGACUCUUCAAACCAAGGAGUAAUAUACUUUAGCAUGGGAUCAGUCUUGAAACCAUCAGAUAUACCAGAACGAACAAACAAGAAUCUUUUUAAAAUCUUCCAACAAUUACCUUACACGGUGCUAUGGAAAUAUGAUGGAAAAGUGCAGAAUUUACCCAAAAACGUUCACAUCAAGUCGUGGAUGCCUCAAUCUAGCAUAUUAGCACAUCCAAACACAAAAAUAUUUAUAACACACGGAGGUCUUCUUAGUACAUUAGAGUCCUUAUAUUUUGGGGUUCCAGUGAUUGCUAUCCCAGUUUUUGGGGAUCAACCUAGUAAUGCGAAGCGAUGUGAAAGGGCCGGACAUGCUCUAACAGUCAAAUAUGGACCUAAUAUGGACCAGGAGUUGAAGGAAAAGUUAAAUAUAAUGCUAAAUAAUAAUAGUUACCACAACAAAGCGAAAUACAUAUCGAAAUUAUUUAGAAACCGUCCAGUAUCAACUACCAAGUUAAUACAGCACUACGUGGAACUUGCUAUUGAGAGCAAAGGAGCACUUCAUCUUAGAUCUAAGACACAUCUCUACGCGUGGUACGAAACCUGGAUGCUGGAUCAACUCGCUUUAUUAGUAGUAACACUGUAUGUUAUAUAUAGAGUGUUCAAAAAAGUGCAAAAUCUUUUUAAGAAGAAUGUUAAAGAAAAGAAGAAGAAGCAU